AUGGAUCCCAUCUCCAUCACCGGUCUCGUUAUCGAAGUAAGCCAUGUGCUAUCGAGUCUGAUUCGAUAUGCCAAAACGGCGCAGAAUGCAAAGCCAGAAGUACGAAAACUCAGCGAAGAGCUCUUUACUCUGAAGGGGAUCUUGGAGCACCUAGCAGCGCAGUCGGAACAUACUCCAAAAUGGCAGGAAUCAGACAAGGUCAAUUUUGAUCGUGAUGUUAUGGGGAGAGUUUUGCAUACAACCAAUGAGCUCAUUCAGUCCUUACUCGCCGGUAUGGAAACGGCGGAGACCAAGUUCAAGCGCCUCAAACAGACUCUGAAAUGGCCUUUUACCCAAAAGGAAAUCCUUGAGCACCUGACUCGCCUUGAAAGGGUCAAGUCUUGGUUGAUAUUGGUUCUCAUGGCAGACCAGAAUUCCGCAGACCGGGACAUACAACAUGAGCUUCGUGAUUUGACGAGCGCAGUGAAGGAAGACUUGCAGAUUCGAGUCCAAGAGCGAAAUCAGGUGGCUAACAAAUUGCUUUUCCAAUGGAUGGCCCCAGUGAGUCCCGAAAGCUCGCAUCUGCGGGCGUCUAAAAGUCUCAAAAUCGGGACUGGGGGAUGGUUUGUCGACGGCCAUUUGAGGAAAUUCCUGGACCAAGACGAGAAAAGGGCUCUCUUCCUCGUGGGGAAAUCCGGAACUGGAAAAUCGACGCUGUUUGCGCAAGCUGCCGACAAACUCAUCUACAUGGCUUCCCAAAGUCAAUCUAUGUGUGUUGCUUAUUUCUACUGCACAAUUGGAGACCACGCCUCUCAGAGUGCAAGAAAUGUUCUCGGAUCAUUUGUGGCACAGCUGUCGAGUACGUUUCCUUCUAUACUGCAGGAUAUCCGAUACAUCUACAACAAAGGGCCGAACAGUCAGGCAAGUAGGUUUCCUGUCGAAAUGUCUGCUCUCGAAGCUGCCAUCGCUCAGUGUGCUCGUGAGAAAGCACAAGUAGUUCUUUGCGUCGACGCAAUCAACGAGAGCCAUGAGGCGCAUCCUAUCGAAACCUCUCUUCUAAAACUUGCCAGCCUGUACACGAACAUCCGUGUCAUCAUUACUACUACAAAUACAAUGGGCUCCGCGUUGCCUCAAGAUGCAUCUGUCUUGAAUAUUAGCGGGAAGUCACGAGGAGACAUCUAUAGCUACAUUCAGCACCGCCUCAAGACUGAUAAUACAUUGAGAGACCUCGGGCCAGAAUUCAAAGAGGAAAUUGAGAUGAAUCUAUUGCGCGAUGCGGACGGAUCAUUCCGAUGGGUUCAAGUCUCCUUGGACAACCUGAGCACACAGCGAUCAGUGAGGGCCAUGCGACAGGCCUUGCAAAAUCUCCCAGGGACCUUACGCGAGACAUACGCAACAAUGUUGGAAAGGAUUGCUCCAGACGAUUGGAAGCUCGUCCGAGAAGCCCUGUUCUGGAUAAGUUUCUCCAAAAAGCCUCUAGAUAUGAAUUCUCUCAACGAGAUCGUGGUUCUAGAUGAAACAUGCAACACACUCGACGAGGAUAUGAUGCUCGUGCCUCCUCAUAUUCUUCUCCAAAUCUGUCAAGGCCUCAUCACCGAAGCCAUCGGCGGCUAUCUCACUCUCGCCCAUUCAUCAGUCAAGGAUUUCCUAACAUCCGACUGGAUCCACUCAUCUCGAGUAAGAUAUUUCUUCCUGGAUCCCGCAACUGCCGAAGCCAAAGCCAUGCACAGCUGUCUCUCAUACCUCUGCCUCGACAACUUCACACGGGGAUACUUAACGGUCCCCGAAGAUCCAUGGAAACUACGAAACAAGCAUCCCUUCUUAACCUAUGCCGCAAAUUUCUGGCCCUCACACGGUAUUGCCUGCAACUUCGGUGAUCACCAGGACAUGGUCCACAAAUUCUUUGCCACAAGACAUCUCCCAGGUCGCGGAAACUAUGGCACAUGGAUUCAGACACUGUUCAAAACGACCGCAAAAACAAAACAGUUUGAUAACGCAGCCAUCGACUCCACACACCCUCUCUACUACGCCGCCUCAUUCGGAAUGGCCCCAGUCGUAAAGUCGAUUCUCGAAUCAGAGCCCGAUAUCGACGUCAACGCUCCCGGUGGUCGUACUGCUGCUACGCCCGUGUGGAUUGCCAGUCUUCGCUUCAACUUUGAGGUCGUUGAGCUUCUCUUGAGGGCCGGUGCGGACCCGACCAUUCGUGAUCCUGGUAGUGGGCUUAAUGUACUUGAUCUUUUGAGGAUGGUGCCAACCAAACAUCGAGAUUAUAAGGAGCUUCGGGCUGUUUUGGCGCGGCCGGCGCCUUGGAAUGAGAAUUUCGGAAAUGCGGUGGAUGUGCAUUUGUGA